UGGGCUGGCAACUGACUUAAUAGGGGACAGGAGAGGGGCUCACAAUGACACGGGAGCUUAGGCCACCUGUACGCAGUAAUUGGAGCCAGGCUGUCCAUCCUCCAGCCAGCAGUGCCUGGGCUGCCCUCGCUGCUUCCCUCCUGUUGUGUGCAAUGCUGGGGCUUUGCAACAUGCUGCUACGUAGGGCCUGGGCAUCGGGUCAGGAGUGGUCCUCGAUCUGGCUUAGAUGAUUCUUCCCAAAGAUGGCACCUCUGGCUGCUGAGUCAUUGCUGGCCCCAAUGCAGAGAGAGAGCCUCCUUUCGAGUCAGACAGCCUGCAGCACCCAGCUGUCCUUUCAAUCUCUCCCAUCCAAGUACUGAGCUACUGUGAACUUGCUCAGCAGGGGCUGUGAUGCGAUCACUGUCUAAGAUGGGUGCAGGCUUGACCUUUGACCUCAUUCCCACCACAUGCUGUGAAUGCUUGGGGUCCAGAGGGUGGGACUUGGGUGUCAAAUUACGCCCUCUGACUGGCUUGGUGCCCUGUCAGUCUGCAUAAUCACAGCUCACAGGCUGAGACAUGAGUCACCCCUUCAUUUUCCUUUUCCAUGGGGCUAUGCAGCUCACAGGGGAGUGAGUGGGGGGCUGGGGAGAGGUCACAAAGCCUAUAAGCGAGGACUGAGAUUCCUGGGACUGAGAAGAGAGCCGGAGAGAUGACUGGGUGGGAUCCUAAGUUCUGGUGCUGCCGCCAAGCCCUGCUCCGACCAGUCGUGGCUAUCCUGAUGUCAGUCGCUUUCCUUCAUGUAGCUGUGGCCAGCACUCAGCACUAUCGCGGGGAAGCCUGGAGAGAGGCGGCUGUCCAUGCUGACUUCCUGUCCCAGCUGGCUCAGGGCAUGAGGGAGACCCUGGAGGAGUGGAUUGGCCGGGACACACUUCAGCUAGUGACAGAGAACGUCUCUGCCGUGUUCUGGAUUGUGUCCUCUGGCAUCUCGGCAGGUCUGAUCACCCUGUCCGGAAUCGCAGGGCAGAUCCUAAGCGCAUUCGGAGUGAAUGGAGAUCACGUGGUGCAGCCCCUUAAGCUGGGCCCUGCCCAGGUACAGACCCUGCUGCUGUGGGGCCUGGCCGCUGUGGUGGGCUAUUGGCUGCUCUCGCAGCUGCUGGGCCUGUUGCUGUCCAUCCUGGGACACGUCAUGUGGGGGCUGAAGGUGGCGUUCUUCCUGGGCUGCUUCCUGCUGAUCAUCUUGGCAGUGCCCAACCCCUCGGUGCAGGCCUUGCUGCUGCUGUGCCUGCUCACCCUGUAUGCCCUGCUGGGGAGGCUGAGCGGGGCGUGCCACUCCGGGAGCCAACUGGAGGCCAAGGUGCGCAACCUGGAGUGGCAGGUGGAGGAGCUGCGGCGCCGGCAGAGGCGGGUAUCUCCCAGGCACCUGGAGCAGGAUGAGUGAGGAGCGGGAGGUGGCCCCUCCCAGCACACUACGGACUCUCACACCACAAUUCACUGCUAUCCUGGCCCUCUGCACGUGCUCAUGGAGGCCUCUCCACCCUCGGGUACUCACAGCCCCUCUCCUCUGUGCACACUCACAGGCCCCACCCACCCCAUGGCUCUUCUCAGGCCCCUCCCCUCUGCACACUCACAGGCCCCACGUGCCCCAUGGUCCUCCUCAGGCCCCUCCCCAUUGUACAAACUGACAUGCUACUCGCAGGCCCCACUCCCAUUCCCCAGGGCACUUGCAGGCUGUCCCCACACCCACCCCAGGGACAAGUGAAGCCCAAAGGGAGCUCUCUUGAGUGGAGGAAUGAACCCGUGGGAGAUGGUGUGAUUUUCCCCAGCCUGCCCUGGUCUCAUGGGCGAAGGAUGGGAGGUGCUCCCUCAGCUGCCUGCCCCCACCCUUGCCAUCUCCCAUAGAUUUGCUGCCAUGGGGCUCAUCAUGCUAGGGCUUAAAAGGGGUGCUUUGAUGUUGGUGAAGUCUGGGACCAAGUUGGGGUUUGGUCUCGGGUGCUAAGAUGCUGAAUUCCACCCCUUGUUAUUUUCCUGCUGUCUCCCUCUUGUCCCCUUCCCAUGCUGCCCUACAGCUGCCACCGGGGCUCCUGGCCUUUCCCUCCACCCUCUACCUCUGCCUGAUCCUUUCCCCACCAUCACCCCAUCCUUCGCCCAUCCCUCACCUAGCCCUGGACCAGUCUCGCUAAGAAGGCCGGGUCCUAAGGGCUUGAUGCACAGAGGUGCUGAGCUCUUGCCGCUCCCAUUGACUUCAGCUGGAGUUGUGGGUUGCUCAGUGCCUCUAGAAAUCAGAUGCUGGAUAGAUAAACUGGGGGCAGGGGCAUUGUAUCCCAUUUCAGGAGGGGGCAGUGUACCCCCGGGGGAUCUCUGAUCAGGGAGGGUGUGUACAGGGGAAGGGUUUCCCCAAGUGCCUUCAUCCAAGCCAAUGGUGCCUUCUUAUGCUAAGAGUGGAUGGUGUUUGUUGGGAGGUGGGAGGGGAAACUGGGAUAUGUGUAUGUGGGAAGAUGUUUACAGGUCUUUUUUAAGAACCCCCCAACACCAUCCAAGCCAAAGACACACAGCACAUGGGAGCGGGCACAGGGAAAUUCCUCCUCCGUUUGUCACAGCUAGGGUGGGAGUUGUCUCUUGGUGCCACCUCAAGCAUGGCAGGUGGCCUUUGUGUUAAUCUGCCCCGGGAUUGUGGCAGAGCGGGCCAUGAUUGAUCAGAAAGGAGGGAUACGUAGCAACUCCUAUUCCUCCUCCUACGUGCCCCUAGGGAACGUCAACACUUGGAGCAAGGGGUGUGAGUCCCAGUUCGCGCAGAUACUUGCACUAGCUCUCACUCCGCUAGCGUGCUGAAAACAGUAGUGUAGACAGCCUGGCCAAGUACAAACCCUCCUGAACCCUGUGGGUGCAGACUCGGUACAGCUAUCGCCUUCCACCACUCUCUGCAGCUCAUGCUACCCAGUUACGCUGCUGUUUUUACUGUGCUAGCUCCAUGAGAGCUAGGGCAAGCAUCUCUGAGUGUGGGGAUUCACAGCCCCGUCCUCUCGUGACCACGACAAGCUCAGCUGUUCUCUCCCCCGCCUCGCCAGCUAGGGGCUGGAGAGGAGGCCAGUGGGGCCGGGCUUGGACUGGGCAUAUGUUGUCGGCAGGAGGUUGCCAAUCUAUGUUUUGAAAGUUCUGUCUAUUUUAAACGAACAGGCCAUUUUGUUACCAGGUUCCAAAUAAAAUCUAUUUAACCACA